AUGAGCUCUUAUUUUGUAAACUCAUUUUGCGGUCGCUAUCCAAAUGGCCCGGACUACCAGUUGCAUAAUUAUGGAGAUCAUAGUUCCGUGAGCGAGCAAUUCAGGGACUCGGCGAGCAUGCACUCCGGCAGGUACGGCUACGGCUACAAUGGCAUGGAUCUCAGCGUCGGCCGCUCGGGUUCCGGCCACUUUGGCUCCGGGGAGCGCGCCCGCAGCUACGCGGCCGGCGCCAGCACGGCGCCCGCCGAGCCCAGGUACAGCCAGCCGGCCACGUCCACGCACUCGCCUCCGCCCGAUCCGCUGCCCUGCUCCGCCGUGGCCCCCUCGCCCGGCAGCGACAGCCACCACGGCGGGAAAAACUCCCUGGGCAACUCCAGCGGCGCCUCGGCCAACGCCAGCAGCACCCACAUCAGCAGCAGAGAGGGGGUUGGCACGGCGUCGGGAGCCGAGGAGGACGCCCCCGCCAGCAGCGAGCCGGCGAGCGCGCAGAGCGAGCCGAGCCCGGCGCCGCCCGCCCAGCCCCAGAUCUACCCCUGGAUGCGCAAGCUGCACAUAAGUCAUGACAACAUAGGCGGCCCGGAAGGCAAACGGGCCCGGACGGCCUACACCCGCUACCAGACGCUGGAGCUGGAGAAGGAGUUCCACUUCAACCGCUACCUGACUCGCCGGCGGAGGAUUGAAAUAGCACACGCUCUUUGCCUCUCUGAGAGACAAAUUAAAAUCUGGUUCCAAAACCGGAGAAUGAAGUGGAAAAAAGAUAAUAAGCUGAAAAGCAUGAGUAUGGCCGCAGCGGGAGGGGCCUUCCGCCCCUGA